AUGGAGGAGAGUCACGAAAGGCAUGGCUCGCUCGACAUGGAAAAGGCCCAGGAGACGCGUGUUGACAAUGUCGACUCGGCCAGCGCCAAUUUCGAGAUGGAAGAGGAUGCCCUGCCGCCGGGCUACUUCCGCAGCCGCUUCUUCAUUGGCUCCAUGAUGGGCAUCGGCCUCGGUCUCAUGGCCGGCGUCGCUGGAUUUGGAUACGCCGCGCCCAUUCUCGGCGUCAUCAACGCCGACAUUGGACCCGACCCGAACAUCGUCUGGGUCGCCCUCGUGUACACCCUCGUCAGUGCUGUGACCCUGACCAUCAUUGGGCGCGUGUCCGACAUUUUCGGUCGCCGGUACAUGUUCGUCGGCGGCGCGGCCCUCGGCGUCAUCGGCAGCAUUGUGUGCGCCGUGGCCCCCGACGUGCCCACGCUCAUCGGCGGCAUGACCAUCAUCGGCGUCGCCGCAGCCACGCAACUGUCCUACUUCUACGUUAUGGGCGAGCUCGUGCCGAUGAAGUACCGCCUCGCCGGCAAUGCCUUCUGCUACCUGUUCUGCAUCCCCGGCUCGGGCAUCGCGCCCCUCCUCGCACAGGCUUUCAUCCGGCAUCACCCCAACGUCGGCUGGCGCGGCCUAUACUAUCUCAACACGGGUAUCAACCUCGCAAGCUUCUUGUGCUGGUUCUUCUUCUACCACCCGCCCACCUUCCGCAUGAAGCACGGUGGCGACGCCUCCAAGUGGGCGUACAUCAAGAACUUUGAUUACGCCGGUACAGCCCUCUACACGGGCGGCUUGCUCAUUUUCAUGAUGGGCCUCAACUGGGGCGGCGUCGUGUACGCAUGGGACUCUGCCCACGUCAUUGGGACCAUCGUCGUCGGCUUCGUCGCACUGCUGGCCUUUGUGCUGUGGGAGUCGCUCGUCAAGCUCAAGGAGCCGCUCGUGCCGAUGCACUACUUCCGCCACGGUCCGUGGGUGUCGUCGACCAUCCUGACUGGUCUGGGCGCGAGCGUCUACUACGCCUUUGCCAUUGUAUGGCCGUCCAUGGUGGCCGUGUUGUACACGGACCCGGCCGACUCACCUUUCUACUCAGCAUGGCUGGCCUCGUGCGUGUCGCUAUUCAUCGUCAUGGGACAGAUUGUGGGCGGAUUCAUUGGCAAGAAGAUCGGUCACCUCAAGUGGCAGUGCGUCGUCAAUAUUGUUCUGGGUGGUGCGUGCUUUGGCGCCAUCGCAAGCUGUGGGCCUGACACGCCAGUGCGGGCGACGGUGCUCGUAUCCUUGGGCGUCUUCUUCAUCGGGUGGACCGAGGGUACCGCCAUCACGAUCGUGACGCUGUGCGCGCCCGACCAGGCUCAUCUCGGCAGCGCCAGUGGCAUCGCCGGCAGCAUCCGCUUCCUCAUCAGCAGCAUUGCUGCGUCUGUGUACAACGUUGUGCUUUCGAAUCGGCUGGCGCAGGAGAUCCCGGCGCAGGUACCGCCGGCCGUGAUAGCCGCUGGUCUGCCGGCAUCGAGCGUGGCUGAUUUUCUGGCUGGGUUCACGACGGGGUCUUUCGAGGGCGUCGCUGGCUUGACGCAAGAUGUGUUGGCAGUAGGGACGGCGGCAUACAAGCAGGCCAAUGCGGAUGCGUACCGGACCGUGUUCUUCACAAACAUUGCCUUUUCAGGGGUGGCCAUCAUCUGCGCGCUGCUGAUGCCCAACGUGGAUAAACAUUUGACAGACCGCGUGACGACGACGUUGCAUCAGGGACGGGACGAGAAGCUAGCUGGCGAGUAA